UUAUGGGCAAAUCUCUUCCCAGCAGAGCAGAAUAUGGGCAGGGUUAGGAGCAGCUGCCUUCCCGAGGAGCCCGUGGCCUGCGUGUCAUUUCCUUAAACAGCUGCGUUCAGAGGAGGGCAACCACCUAGGGAAGGCCACAACCCCUCCAGGAACCAGGACGCUGCUCCGUCGGUAGCCAGGCUCGGGGGGCAGUUGGUCCAGCCAGGACUCAAGGCAUCAUCGGCUGAUUCUACACCCCUUCUCCACCAAGGUAGGGAAGCGUGAGCCCGGACCCUCAGGCCAGAAGAGGGCACCAGACCCCGUUACAGAUGGCUAUGAACCACCAUAUGGUUGCUGGGAAUUGAACUCAGGACCUUUGGAAGAGUAGGCAAUGCUCUUAACCUCUGAGCCAUCUCUCCAGCCCCAAAGAGUCAGAAUUUAACAGGUAACGCUGACCCCGCUGACUCCGAGCCGUUCUCCUCGGCAGUAUGAGAGUGACAGGUCUGGUUCGCGUUGUGGCCUUCGUCUUCACCAUGGUUGCCAUGUGGGUCUUUCUCCGCAGCUAUGUCAGCAUCAACAGGAAAACCAUCCGUCUGCCACGCUGGCUGGCAGGCGUGCCCCCCAAGGAGAUCCGGGUCCCGAACACCAAGUGUGGGCUCAGCAAGCCCUGCCUAGACAACUUCUUCGCAUUUAAACUCAGCACUGGGGCUGCCAACGUCGUGGGCCCCUCCAUGUGCUUUGAAAAUGAAAUUAUCAUGAGUCCAGUGAGAAACAACGUGGGCAGAGGACUGAACAUUGCGCUGGUGAACGGAUCCACAGGACAGGUGACGAAAAAGGGCAGCUUUGACAUGUACUCUGGAGAACCCAAACUCCUGAUAGAGUUCCUUGAAAAAAUUCCAGAUAGCACGCUGGUGCUGGUAGCCUCCUAUGAUGACCCAGGCACCAAAAUGAACGACAAAAUCAGGACGCUCUUCUCCAACCUGGGGAGUUCCUACGCAAAUCAGCUGGGCUUCCGGGACAGCUGGGUCUUCUUAGGUGCCAAAGACCUCAAGAAUAAAAGCCCAUAUGAGCAGUUCUUAAAAAACAACCCAGAAACAAACAAAUAUGAAGGUUGGCCGGAGUUACUAGAGCUGGAGGGCUGUGUGCCACGGAAGGUGUUUUAGAGUGGCCAUGGCCGGAAAGACAUGCCCAACUGAACUUGAGAGCCGUGCUCAAGUUUGCUGGAUCUGUGCUGAUGGGAGCUGACUAGGAGGAAGAAGGGAGAAGCCAUAUGAGAUGCGCUGACUAUCCCACACACAAUGUGACUCACUUCUCUGAGGAAACAACAGCUUCCCACGCCCCACAGUGACCAGCCUGGGGAUGGGCAGCCACACGGGGCCUGCAGAACCAGCUGUGGUGGACACAAGUGAGACCUUCCAAGGCUGCUCCUGGUUGUCUCCAGAAGGACUGGCUGCCUACACUUAAGCAGGAUUAAAUUCUAUUUUUUGCUGGUUUUGAA